AUGGCCACGCUCAGAGACGGUGUGAAUCCGCUACGACCCUACUAUAGGGCACCUGUCAUAGGCGAGACGGCGGAUUCCGCUUCGGCACCCAGCGCAAACCCCUUCGCUGCGGGCAACGCCACGGGGACUGCCCGGUACGCAUCCAAGGCGCGUGAUGUGCUUGCCGAUAUUGAUUACAGGGACUAUUUGAGCGAUUCUUCACCUUCGGUGAUACAAAAUGCAAAGGAGCUGGUAGAGGAGCUGAUAUGGAAGUAUACGUCCGUAUUGAUGGCCCAGCCCUUUGAGGUGGCAAAGACUAUUUUGCAAGCUCGGGAUCAGGACGAUAACGCCAUCUGGGAAACCGCAGAGCCAGGGGGCUUCAAGAGGCACAACUCUGGCCAAGAAGGAGGCCCAGUAUACGAUUAUCUUGACUCCGACUCUGAAGGCGACGAGCCCGCCUUCUUUACCUCCAAUGCGCCCGGCACGCCCACCCCGUCAUAUAGCAGAAGAUUAGGUAGUCAUCGCGCACCAUCUCCGCGGCAGUCGCAAGUCCCCAAGCGGCCUAUGGUUCCAGAGCAUUACCUGGCUAUCCGCAAACCAGACUCGAUUCUUGACGUCAUCGCACAGCUUUGGCAAAAGGAUGGUGCGUGGGGUGUGUGGAAGGGCUCGAAUGCGACUUUCCUCUAUUCUGUGCUUCAAUCUUUACUCGAAAACUGGUCGAGAAGUUUCGUCAGCGCCAUCUUCAACGUCCCCGAUCUGGGCGUAAAGGACGACAUUGAUCGGUUGAUUGACAUUGCGUCACCAUACCCCUGGGCUUCGCUAUUUGUAGCUGCUACCGCUGCGGUUGCGACUGGUGUGCUCCUGUCUCCCCUGGAUCUUGUGCGCACAAGACUCAUCAUGACCCCUGUUUCCAAAGGACAACGCCGAACACUUGCCAACCUUCGAGAUCUCCCUUCGUACCUUUGCCCGUCGGCAAUCGCGCUUCCGACUGUUUUGAACUCUCUCAUCCAUCCUCUCCUAACUCUCUCGACGCCGCUUGUGCUCCGAACUCGCUUCCUCAUCGACAGCCAAGCAUCGCCAAUGACUUUCUCUGUGGCCAAAUUCUUUGCUUCUUCAGCCGCCAUCCUUAUCAAACUGCCUAUUGAAACCACUCUGCGGCGCGGUCAAAUGGCCGUUCUCUCCAGCCCAGCGUAUACCAAAGCUCUUGGAGGAGGAACAGAGCAGAAGCUCGACACUAUUGUGCCUAUUGGCCGAUACAACGGCAUCAUCGGCACCAUGUAUCACAUCACCUCGGAAGAAGGCAGUCGCGAGAACCCAGCCUUAUCCAAGGCUGUCGCUAGGAAAGGGAAAGCCAAGAACAAGACGUCCCAACCCAGCCGCAUCAAGGGACAGGGCCUACAAGGUCUCUGGCGAGGCUGGAAAGUGAACUGGUGGGGACUUGUUGGUCUCUGGACAGCAAACGUGGUGGGUAACGGUGGCGAGGGCGAGUUCUAG